AUGGCUGGAGGAGGCGAAGCUAUCAGAAGAACCCCCAGAGCCAAGGCAAAGACCCGCUCCUCCCGUGCUGGGCUCCAGUUCCCAGUUGGCCGUGUUCACAGGCUGCUGCACAAAGGAAACUAUGCGGAGCGUGUGAGUGCCGGUGCCCCCGUCUACCUGGCGGCUGUGCUGGAGUAUCUGACCGGUGAGAUCCUGGAGUUGGCUGGAAACGCUGCCCGCGACAACAAGAAGACCUGUAUCAUCCCCCGUCACCGGCAGCUGGCUGUCCGCAACGACGAGGAGCUCAACAAGCUGCUGGGUGGAGUCACCAUCGUGAAGUACCGUCUGGGGGUCCUGCAAUCAGCUCGGGUGGAAAACACCUGA